AUGCCAACCCAUUUCUCCUCCUCGAAGCUUGCGUCGCAGAAGGCGGCUGCGUCUCUCUUGGUGGACGACGAUACACCGUUUCACGACUUCCGCCCCAUAGCGCGUCUUCCCCUUGACGACGAAGGCACGGAGGUGUUGCCGCUUCCGAAGGCCGUACAAUACGUCACUGAGUCGGACUCAGUUUCCCCUUUUUUCACCGGUACGGAGGAGGAACCUUCAAACGAAACCGGGAAGGAUGCGGCGUGGAUGGGGCUGCGGCAAAGCAGCCACUCGACGCAGCCGGCGAACAACUCCGGCGGACACACCUACUACCACGAUUCAAACCGCGACACUCGUCGGAGCAGCGCAAGUUGGACUGACGGCGGCAGCCCCCAGGACCCACGUACGCCGCUCACCCAUUGGACCUCCAAUCUCGAUCAGCGGCACAUCGAGCGCCUCGCGCGCCCGAGGGGUGCGCCGGGCUCUGUGAUCAGGCCCGCGGAGCCGAACUACGGCCGCCUGCUGAACUUCACAGAAGAGGAGGAGCAAGAUAGAGAGCGAACGCCAAAGCACUGCUGCAAGUCACCGCACACCCGACCGAGGCCGAUUACUCGCAGCCAAGAACAGACCCAACCGACGGGAAGUCAACCUCCGGCUUCUCGUCCGGAGAGCAAGUGCCACGCUGCGGUGGCCAAUGCUGCCCUGUCAGCCGCACAGAAGGCGUACUACGAGAAGCUGGCGGCACCGAAGAAAUGUUUCGCUGCAUCGGCGGUCGACGGCGGUGCGCCGCUGUCUCAGACUUCCUCGACAGCCGACGGCGGUACACCGGCAUCUCUCACCUCCUCGACGGCAGCUGCGCCACGCAGAGGCAGCAGCAGCAUUUUUGACCGCCUAGCGGUGCCGAAGAAGCCGACCGCCACCUGUUCUGAGGAGGCCAUUCCACUGCCAGAGCGGCGGCCUCGUUCUCAUUCAUUGUAUGCAAAUAUUCUUAUGCCCUCGCAGCACGAUCGGUACCUGCAGCGCCUCUCACAGCCAAAGCCGCGGUGUGCCUCGUCUCACCGCGACCCGCGCGCACCGGUAGAGCCCAACCUGCGCAUCGCGCAGAAGCGCUACUACGGCGGCACCACGGCUAUAUCGCCCUCACCUGGCACACUCGCUUCUACUGCACUGCCACCGCCGCCACCCCACGCCGGUAGACAACAAAAUGGUCGCGUGCCGAGCGCGUCGUGGGAGGCGGUGGCCAGCUUCUUGACGCGACGCCCAUCGUCGACGGCGGCCUCCUGCUCCCUGUCAUCUGGCUCGUGUACCGAAUGCGGGACUGCACUCCCCCAGCAGCCGUAUACGGUGCCGUCACAACCCGCCCUCUCCAGCGAGGCGGCACUGUACGAGGUUACGGUUGAGCAGGUGGCGGUGCUACCGCAACAGCCUCUUCCCACGACUCCUGCCGUGAAUGGUGAUGGACUGCUGCAGGUGCAGUCGACCCCAGCGAAGAGUACCGGCUCGAAGCCCCCGAUCGUGGUGCGUACUCGCCGGUACGUGCCGCCGCCGGAGGAGCAGGAUGCCGAGACCGCCGGUCAGUUGGCGUCCCGCGCAGCGAAGCCGGAGAGCCCCGAAGCCCCCGCGCCGGAACCGGUUCAGGCGGUGCGGCGACGUACUGCAAUACCGACUGUGCCAGCUGGAACGACAGCGACGCCCGCAUUGGAGAAGCAGCAGCAGAAAGUGGCAGACACCACCUCUCUGGAGACGCCGGCACACGCCAUGCCUGCUCCUGUCGCGGUGCAGGCCAUCAAGCGAGCGCCGCCGCUGCCGCCGUCAGUGCCGGUCGAAGUAAAUGCCCCGAAAGGUGUGGUUCAAACAACCAAGCGAGUAUCUCCUGCGCCUGGUGCCACUGCAGUCACUCCAGCUCCACAGAAACCUAUCGCGUUGGAGGCCUCAAAAAGGAAGGCCCCUGCUCCAUGUUCGACACCCGUAGCAGCAGAGCCCUCGCGCGUGGAAGCUCCACCUCAGCCAGCGCAGGUGAAAUCUGCGCCCAUCCACCCUUCUUCCUCCUCAGUAUCAUUUUGUGCUGCGCCUUUAGACAAGGUGACCACUGGGACACCGCAGGCGGCAGCCGUGGCAGAAAAAAACGACACCGUUGCCGCUGCCUCAGCCGCCGCAAUGAAGGAUGUGUACGCCGUUCCGACGCCGCCUUUCAGCGACAAGAAAGACCUUCGCAAGAUCACGCAAAGGAAGCUGAACAGUGUCAAGCCGGAGGUGCUUCGGGACGCGGACUUCGCGUGCCAACUGGAGGUCUUGCCGGGGCCGCGGCAAGCUGUGAGUAUCAAGAAGCAGCCAAGCACGAUGGCAAAGGCGACGGUGAAGGCACUGUCGCCGAAGUCACGCUGGGUGCACUGA